UCGAUUUUGUCAUCCUCCAAUGCAGUUGUACGCUUCAGUAAUUUGAUUUAACACCGAUCAAAUUCUAAAAUUUGCCAUUAGUAUGCACAACAUUGUACCGAAAGAGCGACAUCAAUUCUACCAUUACCUCAGAUAUUUGACAAUGCUCGCAAGUACAGCAAUCUACUAUUAACAACAGAAGAAUCAUCAGUUCCUAACGCAGAAUUAUAGAGGAAUUUUAGAAAUGAAAAAUAAUUUUGGCCUGAAUGCCAGUAUGCUUAACUCAUCGAAAAAGUGAGCUCGUAGUCCGGAGAAUAUUUUUUUGUUUCCAUUUUGAUUUUGGUAACAUUAGAACUGUGAUACUGCAGGCAUUACAAAAACAAAACACUAACAAAAGUGGCAAACACGUCUCUAUAAGUGUACACCAGCUGAAGCGCCUCCUCAGCACAAUAAAGAAAAAAUACACAGAUCCGCACAAGCCUAACGACAAGGAAAAUUGUUUUAAACACAACUACGAAGUGACUCCCAUUGCCCUAAUAAAUUGUGUGUGUAAGUGAGUACUCCAAAGUAAUCCUCACGCACACACCUAUUCUCGAACACGUAAACAUACAAAUAUUAAGCUCAUGGCAUAUGUGUAUUCAUGUGUGGGUGUGAAAGCCCGGAGGUAAAGGAUUUAAAAGCCAUAAAAACGGAAGCUAGUCAGAGUCAUUUUCCAGAAUGUUGCGCGUAUAGAAUUGAUAUCAUCAAAAAUUGCUGUGACGAAAUAUGCUGGUCAACCGUCGUUAUUAAUUAAAGUUAAACUAAAUCGCACUGAAACAACAUUGACAUUCUGUCUUCCAUACACACAAAUAUAAACACGUAGGAGCACACUUGGACGCCACCAAGCACUUGUAUAUCUUUUACUAUUACAAUUAACCUCAAAUGCUCACUCACUGAGUCAUUGACAUACGGGAACAUACAACAGAGUUCGUACAAUGGCUGUCGCAGUAUGGCUGACGGAAAUGAAACAUUCAAGUUCAUCGAUGUUGUCGUUAAUCACAUAUUUUAUAUGCUGUUUAGUUGUGAGCAGCUUGCUCAAAGGCGUUUGUCCUACAUCGGUCAGCAGUCCUGCGUUUAGCAAUGACUUCAGUUGGGAUCAUGCCGUUGAUUUAAAUGAGGAUUUUCGUAUUUUAUGGACAAUCAUUAAUCAAGAUAUUACGUUUGAAAUUCAAGCACGUACUUUAGGUUAUGUUGGAUUUGGGUUUUCACUCGACGGCAAAAUCGCUGGUUCGGAUAUGGCCAUUGGUUGGGUGGACAAGGGUCAAACAUAUUUUCAGGAUCGACAUGUGAAACGGAAUGGUGAUGCGGAGCCUGCAGUGGAUCCAUCGCAAGAUUACAUCCUCAUCAUGGGUUAUGAGAACGCAACACACACCGUUCUGAGGUUUCGUAGAAAAUUAGAUACCUGUGACUCAAUGCAUGACAUUCCCAUAACGCUCCAUGAGAACUUAUAA